AGACGCUCAUCACGCUCACUGCUGUCUGAAACUCACACGACUACCCCGCAUCAUACUUUGUAUACAAUCGAUUGUCGUACAGCAUUCACGCUCGUACUGUUGCCUUUGGCCUGAUUGCAGACUGACCACCUCCAAUACUCACGAUCACUACACACAGCUUCCGCGAUGGCGUACAAGGACAAUGACGAUGACUCCUCUCGCCUCCCCGAGGGCUUCCAGCGGAUCGGCUACGACGCGGAUACACAGGUCACCACGUUCAAAUCGCCAGAAGGCGAGCUGUAUGAGUCGGCGCCCGGCAACCGGUAUGGCCAGCUGUGGCCCGCUGGACAGCGGCCACAGCACAGCCAGGUGGAUAUCGAGGCGAACAACCAGGCGAUCGAGCAGGGCAACUUCGAGAGCGCGCGCAUGAUGCUGCCCUUUGCACUGAUCAUCAUUGUGUUCUUGGUGGUGCUGCUCCGCACAAUCUAGGACGGCCGCGUGCUGGAUACGCGCACGCGACACGACCACAGCCGGUCCUGGGGUCGAACAGCGUAUUUCAUAGUGACGACAAUGCAUCUCCGUCAAACUGCUAUCAUGU